UUUCUUUCUUUCUCUGCAAAAACCUAAACGAUAAAGAUCUUUCUUCCUCCCAAAACGGCUAUUUUGCCUCCGUUCUGCUUAUGUUCGAUUUGGUUCCUUCUUCCUCUGCGUCAGUUCUUCUCUCUAACUGCUAAAGUCAAAUCCAAUCGACGCUUCUUUCCCUUUUAUUUGCGAGAUUUGGUUAACUCGGUGCUUCUUGCGUUCAGAGCUUCUUAUCGCGCACAGUGGAAGCUCCGAACAAGCUUAAGGAGAAGCUGCUGCUAUUCAAGACGUCUGCAGCCAAGACCCCCCUUUUGUCACUUGCUGUGCAAGGAUAUUUUUUUGCUACUUUUUAGAGUGACCAAUGGCCAAUAAUCCAUCACAGUUGCUUCCAUCAGAGCUGAUAGACAGGUGCAUAGGGUCAAAAAUAUGGGUGAUAAUGAAGGGAGACAAGGAACUUGUUGGGACUCUUCGGGGAUUUGACGUUUAUGUGAACAUGGUCCUUGAGGACGUCACUGAAUAUGAGCUUACUACUGAAGGAAGACGGAUCACAAAGCUUGAUCAGAUUUUGCUCAAUGGAAACAACAUUGCCAUUCUGGUGCCCGGUGGCUCACCCGAAUCCUAGUGAGACCGCAGACCUGUGUAUCAUUUUGUUCGAUUCACCCGCACGAUAUGCGUGGGUUAGGAGUGUAUGUCCUCAUCUUUUUUCUUUUUUUUUUUUGAGAAUUUCGCCUCCCUGAGAAGCAAGGUUCUGUUAUCACUGAAAGAAUCUUGAGUUCAUAGCAAAGGAUUUGGAUCCAUCUGUUCUGAAUUGUAAACGAAACAUUACGUUUACUUUCAGUGUAGUUCCUUUCCAUCACAUUUCAGUAUUCAACUAGUUAUUGGCACGUUUUGAAACUCUUUUGAGGAUUGAGACAAGGUGUUCUGUUCUGUUA